AGGGAGGGGCCAGGGAGGUGAGAAAGUGUUAGAGUAGGUGCAGGGUCGUCAGUAGCGGGACGGAGCUCUUGUAUACCACAUCCUUGUGUUUACCUCUCACUGCUGCUGCCAUUCUACGCUGCCUUCCAGGGCAUAAACAGCAGCAGCCGCCCCUGGAGAUUUGCUCAACUGCCUCGCCUGUUACUGCUACUCUAACACAUUUUUAAACCUCUGAAAUACCUGUCUUCAUACCAAGCUCAUUCUGUGUUGUGUUUUCUAUUUGUUCUUUCUGCUCGCAAGUUAUUCACUAUUAGCUUAACUUAUCAAACUUGUUUUCCGGACAACUGAUUUUUAGUCUUCCAAGUGUCAUCACGUACAUAGAGCUGGAGCUCAACUCCUCGCAUCACCUAUCUUCACCCACCACAACCUGCACCCUCGUGCGACACGGCUCUACACAAUGGUAAAGGGAUCCCUGGAUCUGAUCCAAGACGAUAGUAGUCUUGGAAAGGAUGCUGACAGAUAUCCUGUUACUGCCAUCAAAUACACCAAUGAGGAGAAAAAGAGUGGCGGAGGUGUGGAGAACCCGACCUUCGAGGACCCCAGCAACAUUGAGGACGGUCCCCACAUCUCCAAGGUCGUCGGGGAGGUUGAAGAGGAGGAGCGAGAACAAUGGUCUCACCCCAUCGAGUUCCUUCUCUCGUGCAUCGCUAUGUCAGUGGGUCUGGGAAACGUGUGGCGCUUCCCCAUGACUGCCUACGAGAACGGUGGUGGCGCCUUCCUUAUCCCAUACUUAAUUGUUCUUACCUUCAUCGGCAGGCCACUGUACUUCAUGGAGUUAGCACUGGGUCAGUUCUCGUCCUACGGCAGUGUCAAGGUGUGGAAGGUCGUGCCGGCAGUCAAAGGAGUGGGAUACGGUCAGAUGAUAGCAACAUGGUCGGUGGUCACCUACUACUGCUCCAUCAUGGGUCUCACUGUCUUUUACUUCGUCAUGUCCUUCAACAAGGUGCUUCCUUGGUCCGUUUGCGACUACAGCAGCUGGGCAGACGACAACUGCGUCGACGCCUCCAGCAAUUUCACCUUCAACAAUAAAUCUCGCUCCUCAUCUGAGCAGUACUUUUAUAACUACGUGUUGAAGAUGGCAGACAACAUUGAUGACGGUAUCGGUGUCCCUGACUGGCGACUGAGCCUGUGUCUCCUCUUCUCCUGGGCAGUGUUGUUCUUCACGUUGGCCAAGGGAGUCCAGUCCUCAGGAAAGGUGGCGUACUUCACGGCAUUGUUUCCCUACGUGGUCUUCACGCUGGGGGGCGGGGGAGUGACCCUCCCGGGGGCCGAGGAUGGUAUCCUCUACUUCAUUAUUCCUCAAUGGGAAAAACUUCUCGACCCGAACGAAAGGGACAAAAUGGGACGAGAUGAAUAUUCUAGCCACCCUGCAUCCCAAAGGACAAAAGACUUGGACACAUCGAAGAUAGAGGAGCCUAAAACACCAUUGCGCAUUAUGUGGAUGGUGGAUCAGGAGGAUAUGAACAUGAUGGAAAGGGACAAAAUGGGACGAGAUGAAUAUUCUAGCCACCCUGCAUCCCAAAGGACAAAAGACUUGGACACAUCGAAGAUAGAGGAGCCUAAAACACCAUUGCGCAUUAUGUGGAUGGUGGAUCAGGAGGAUAUGAACAUGAUGUACAAUGGAACCUCAGCUUGCGAGUGCGCCAACAUAGGAGUUUUCGAGAUACAAGCUGUCGCUGAACUUACACUCGAAUUGUUAUUUCCAGAGAAGAGAAAAAUUUUUGAAAUGAAAAGGAAACAACAUUACAAUGAGUUUUAUGCUGUAAAGCUUGCACGAAAGUUAAUGCAAAAUGAUGAUGAGGAUGAUGAGGAGGAGGACGAAGAAUUAAAAGAUGCGGACGAGACGGAGAGUAAAGAAGUGAAGGACAAUACAAUGGAAGAGAUGGACGAGGAUCGAAAUAAAAUUUUGGCAAGUCGAGGGGAAGACAUGGCUGUAGGUGAAGAGGAAGUAUCGGGGGACUGA